AGUACGUUAUUCUAUCUGGAGAUGGCGUUUAGGAGAGUUGUUUGCUCUCAUUUUGUUUCGAUGAAUACAAUCUUUAAUGUGCAAUUCCCUGCUUCAUAUUACGAUUGCUACGUAUAUUGACACAGGAAUUCAUAUAAUGAUUGAGUGCAAACUUAGUUGCUUCCGGGGAGCGGGAGACAAAGUUAUGUGAUAAUUAGAGCCGCAUUGAUCAUUAGUCACUCACUCAAUGAUGUAUAUCAGAAGGGGAAAAUAAAUCAGUUAACUAGUUAUACUAAUUUAUUUUUACUUGAUAAGAAUAAGAUUGCGCUUGCGCAAUCACAACCAAUCAUCUAUGCGGCCCUACGUAUCACGUUCUCUGCUCCCCCGAAACAGCAUCACCACCGUUAGUUAUUGCUCGGUCAUCGGUCUCCAUAGAGCUAUGCCCAUAUCUAUAUCUUUAUAUUAUAAUUUUCUCAAUCUUUAAUCCUUAGUAACUUUCUACGUUACUUCAUUUUUCUUUAUAUUCUCGGUGUUUCAUUUCCAUAUUUCUAUUGCAUUACAUUUGUACUUUUCCGCGUAUUGUUUUGUUUUCUUAACUUAUACAAUAUAAAAUUAACAAUUUCAUAUAACUGCAUAAUUGUGGAUAAGUUUAAAUACCAUGAGAAUAGACAUAAUAUAGAAACGUUCCUGCAACACUAAUUUCAUCCUAAUUCUCUACAUAUUCUCUCUACAUACUCUUUGCAUACUAAACCAUAGAUAUAGGAGUACGGUUCAUGAUUAAAACAUUACCUUCUUAUAUAAAAGAAUUCAUGUACAUUGCUCUAUUUAACGAUCUCAAUAAAAUGUAUUAUAAAACCAUGUACAAAUAUAUAAGAUAUAUAUUUGUUUAAUGACUUCCCAUGAUGAAAAAUGAAUAACUUUUUAUACCUGAAGACAAAUCACAUGAUAUCUUUUAAGAAUAAGGUCAAAAGUGAAAGCCUGAAAUGUUAAUCAUGUGCGUUAUACCUGUUGAAUGUGUGACUAAUGUUAAUGUCGAGAGAAAACAAAUUCCACGGGUGUGUGCAGUACAAAAAUGUCUACGAACAAAAUUACAUUUAAUUUAUUGAGAAACAGAAAUAUAACCAGAGGAAUCUUAUGCAGUGAUCAUAAUGUGAAUUGUGAAAGACAAAGAAAUAUGCACAUUUCUACACAAAACAGAUUCCAUUUACAUCAAUCCAACCAGGUUGAAGCAAAGCUUACAGGAAGUCAAAAGCCAGAUUGGAACAGAGCUGUUUCAGAAGCAGAGAAAAUUGUUGGAUAUCCAACAUCAUUUCUAAGUUUACGGUGGCUCUUAAGCGAUGAAAUAGCAAAUGUAGCUUUGCACUUGAGAAAACUAGUAGGAUCCAAUCAUCCUUUGUUAAAAACAGCCAAAAGUGUUAUUUAUAAUGGACGUAACAACAUGCAAGCAUGGGGUCUUAUUGUAUUGUUAAUUUCAAAAGCUGCUGGUCAUUUAGGCGUAGAUGAUAUGGAGGAAGACAAAGCUGCAGGUGUAUUACACAGUCAAAGAGCUUUAGCAGAAGUAACUGAAAUGAUACGUACUAGUCAUCUUGUUCACAAAGGUUUAGUAAAUAUAGAAUCUGAUGUUUAUCUAGAAACAUCAGAAUUGAAUGAUAUGAAUUUUGGUAAUAAAAUUGCACUACUAAGUGGGGAUUAUUUAUUAGCAAAUUCUUGUGCUGAAUUAGCAAAUCUUCGCAAUCAAGACAUUGUUGAAUUAAUGUCAAGUGCUGUGAGAGACUUAGCAGAGGCAGAAUUUGUAGGACGUAGAGAUAACCAAAAUAAUCCUUUACCUUCUAUACCACCUGAAGAUCGUAAGGAUUAUGCAGUAAAGGAAUGGACUCUUAGAAAUGUUUUAAGUGCUGGUGCCUUAUUAGGAAAAUCUUGUAAAGGUGCAUUAAAAUUAGCAGGACACAACAAUGAAAUACAGGAACAAGGUUACAAUUUUGGAAAACACUUAGCGUUGGCUUGGCAAGCUUGCUUAGAUUUAGGUCCAUUUAUUACAAAAGAUCAAAAUGUAACAUUCAAUCUAUGUUCUGCACCAAUUAUGUUUCAUAUUGAACAUGACCCAUCAAUUUUGACAGAAAUUGAUAAAGGUUUGGAAUCUGUAAAUAAUGUAGACUAUAUUAAGAUUCAUAAAAUUGUUAUGAUGGGACCUGGAGUAGAAUUAACAAAACAAUUACAGAAAAGACAUUCACAAAGGGCAAUGGAAGUUUUAAGUGUAUUUGAAAAGAAUGAUGCAAGAACAGCAUUAUAUAAUAUUAUUGCAGCUAUGGGGGAUUUCUGAACAACAAUUUCAAUUAAAAAGUAAUAUAUUUUAUAUAAUUGCCCAAAGAUCAGUUUGAGGACUCCGUCCUAUUUUAAGUUUUCAGUUUUAAUAUACUUAUGAAAUUUAUAUUUUCUCUAUAUUAUGAACAAAAUAUUAUUUAAAUUGCAAUAUAUAUAUAUAUAUAUAUAUAUAUAUAAUUAAGAUAAAAUAUGUAUAAUAUAUAUAAUAAGAUUGUUACAUUUUAUAAUAAACAAAUGUUUAAACAAA